AUGGCCUCGGCGAAACAAACGACGCUGGCGAUCCACCGGCCAGGCCUGGUGCUCCAGAAGGCGGUCGAGAUCGCGAGGGAGCAGCAGCGGAGCGCUGGCAGAGAGGCGUAUAUUUUCUUCCUCGGGAACAAGCAGUCGGGCAAGAGCACCAUCAUCAACCUAGUCAACGGCAAGAACACCGAUGCUCCCACAGCCGCCCUCGCGAUCGAGUACACGUUCCGGCGCGGCGGCGUGGCCACGGACAUCGACCGCAAGGACAUCGCGCACAUCUGGGAGCUCUCCGGCGGCGACACGCUCAUCGAGGGCUUCGCAGCCACGGCGAUGCUGAAGCCGAAGCACCUCGACACGGCGGCGGUCGUGAUCACCGUCGACCUCUCCAAGCCCGCGGAGGUCCUCCCGGGGCUCGACCGGUGGCUCCGGCUCGCGCGGCGCCGCGUCGCGAAGAGCUUCAAGGCUCUGGAGGAGGCCGGAAGUAAAAAGGCGAUGCAGAUUGAGAACCGGGCCAAGCACACGUUCGCGAAGCAGGCGCCCGUGUCGCGGGCCGCGGCGGGCGCGGACGCGAAGCAGCGCGGACCGCACCCCGACCACGAGGCCGUGCGUCUGUUAGGCGUCCCCGUCAUCGUCGUGGCCACCAAGUGGGACGUCUUCCACGAGUCCGCGGCCACGGAGGACCGCGAGGUCAUGGCGGCGGGGCUGCGCCUGGCGUGCCACCUGCACGGCGCGUCUUUGGUGUACCUCGGCGGCGCCCACACGCCCGCGCCCGACCGCGCGCAGGCCCACGCCGUGCGCGUCCUCAUCGACCACGCCAUGUUCGCGGACAUGGACAAGCCGCUCCCCGCGCGCGUGCCGCCCAGCCUCGACCCCUCUGGGCCCAUCGUUUCGCCCGCCGGGUGCGACCGCAUCGCGGACAUCGGCGCGGUGGGCGGGCGGGAGUUCGCGGGCGACGUCGACGCGGCGAUGCAGGGCGUGCUCGAGCUGCACGCGCAGCGGUUUGGCCCGCCGGCGGCGCCGGAGGCGGGCGAGGCGGACCGGCGGGAGGAGAGCGCGACGUACGCGGAGCGCGACAUUGACGGGCUGCUGAAGCAGAAGCGGGAGGAGCUGGAGGCGCAGCGGCGGGAGCGGGCCGCGGAGGAGGAGCAGCGGCGGCGCAAAAAGCUGCGGGACCGGCAGCGGGCGGCGGAGCGACGCGCGGGGGCCAAGGCGGCGCCGGCGAGGUCGAGGAGUAAUCGGGCUGUGGACCCCGCCGCGCCGCCGCCGCCGCCGCCGCCGCCGCCGGGGCCGCAGCAGGACACGACGCUAUACGAGCGGCCGGCGGCGGGCGGCGCGUGA